UUCUCCCUUUCUUUGCCCCCUCCUUUAUCUCUCUCUCUCUCCCCUUUAACUUUUCACCGCCUCCCACAGCAUCUUCAUUUUUCUAUUCCACCUAAAAAGUAGAUAAUUUAAAUCAACUAAAACACAUGAGAGAGAAAGAGAGACAGAGAGAUCCCAUCUUGCAUAUAUCAGAUCAUGUUGUUUAGGGUUGGAGCCUUGUAUUAAUUAACAAGGCUUGCAUAUAUAGCUACCCAUUCUCUUGGGUUUUCAUGUAAUCCAAACACUAACUUGUCAUCACACAGAACUGAUUGUGAGUUUCUUAUCAUGAAUUGAGUCAAACUAAGAACUUAUAGAAGUAAGAGCAGCUUCAGAUUCUAAAAAAGAUGGAUGAAGGAUCAGAAAUCACAAAUGGUUUCCCUCAUCAGAACCAAACUACUGGUUCAUCUAACAAUCUUCCUGUUUUGAAGAGGAAGAGAAACCUUCCAGGAAACCCAGAUCCUGAAGCUGAAGUGAUAGCCUUAUCACCAAAGACUUUGAUGGCCACCAACAGAUUCUUGUGUGAAACAUGUGGGAAGGGCUUUCAAAGGGAUCAGAAUCUUCAGCUCCAUCGACGCGGACACAACCUUCCAUGGAAGCUCAAGCAAAGGACAAACAAAGAACCGAGGAAGAGAGUUUAUGUGUGUCCAGAGAAGAGUUGUGUCCACCAUGAUCCUUCAAGGGCUCUUGGAGACUUAACUGGGAUCAAAAAGCACUUUUGCAGAAAGCAUGGAGAAAAGAAGUGGAAGUGCGACAAGUGCUCAAAGCGUUAUGCUGUGCAGUCUGAUUGGAAAGCCCACUCAAAAACCUGUGGCACCAGAGAAUACAAGUGUGAUUGUGGAACUAUCUUUUCAAGGAGGGAUAGCUUCAUCACCCACAGGGCCUUCUGUGAUGCUUUGGCAGAAGAAACAGCUAGGGUAAAUGCAACAUCAGACAUACACAACACCUUAGGGGGUAACAUUGGUUACAAUAAUGUAAUGGGAGCAUCCCUAGGUCCAAACAUGUCCACUCAUUUUUCUUCUAUCUUCAAGCCAAUAAUAUCAACCACUGACGAAACAAGCAAUAAUCAAACAUCCAGAGGGAUAUCCCUUUGGAUGAACCAUGCAUCUCAAGCUCAUGAAACAAUAGCUAAUAAUUUGCAUCAUGAGAUUCAUGAACUUGGCUCUGCAACAACCUCAUCAAAUGAAAUAUAUGGUGGGAACCCACUUGUCCAAUGCUCAAACAAUCCUCCACAUUCCAAUUAUCAUCUAAAUUGGGUGUUUGGAACCAAGCUUUCUCCCAUUGGAAGCCAAGAGUUUACUACUAGCAAUAUUGGUAGUACUACAUCACUUCCACUAGGAAACAACAUUGUUAAAGAUGCUGCAAGCCAAGUGACAAGUGUUCCUUCAUUGUACAGCUCCCAACACCAAUCAUCACAUCAAACAACAACAUCUUCAUCAUCAGCAAACAUGUCAGCCACAGCUUUGUUGCAGAAAGCUGCACAGAUUGGAGCAACCUCAACAACUGACCCAUCAUUCCUUGGGAGCUUAGGUUUGAAAUGCAGUAAUAACACCAGUCAAGUACUACAAGAUGGGAACAAAUUUAAUGCUGUGUACGGUUCAGGUUCAGUGCUCAGUUUCACCAGCAUUGGGAGUGAGGCAGAGAGCUCUGCAUUGUGUGACUUCUCACAAAUGCACCCUGCCAAACGCAGACAUGUUCAGAGUGAAGAGGGUGGAGGGGGGCAAACUAGGGAUUUUCUUGGGGUUGGUGUGCAAACCCUUUACCACCCUUCAACAAUCAAUGGGUGGAUUUGAUUUUAUCUUUGUAAAUUCAAGGCAUAUUUUGGAACGCAAAUCUGAAGUCAAAAUCAAUUAUGAGGUGAGCUCUUCUGAGCACCUUCAUUGUCUAAGAA